AUGGCGACAAAAACAGCUUCUGGUGCUGUUUCUGGACCACGACGUAGGUUAGCAUUAGUAAUUGGCAUUAAUGAUUAUCAAAACCACUCGAAAUUAAGAAACCCAAAGAGUGAUGCGCAAAAACUGUCGUCUCUCUUGAAAGACAUUGGCUUUAUUAUUGAUACGUCAUCCUCGGUUGAAACAUAUGCUGAAAUUAAACGGAAAGUUGUUGAUUUCGAAGUCUCAAUAGAGCCUGAUGAUAUAGUUCUAUUUUAUUAUGCUGGACAUGGAGUACAAUGGGAAGAUCAAAAUUAUUUGAUGCCAAAAGACUUUCCUGAAUUUCCUAAAAUACAUGAAGAAGAUAGAAAGGAAAUAGAUGAACUUUUAGAAAAAGGUAUUAUAAAAAAGGAGAAAGCUGACAUUUUAAUAGAAGAUAUUUCCAAAAAGAAGAUAUCUAACGAAUUAAAAACGAAAGCCAUCAAUGCACAAAAUAUUCUUAACACAUUAAGUGAUCGAAAACCAUAUGUAAUAAUAUUUCUCUUGGAUUGUUGUCGAGAGUAUGUUUUGCGAAAUCCUGAUUUAAAUAGACGUGGUGGUAACUCUAGUAUAAGCGGUUCUAAAUCAACUGGCUUAGCAGCAAUGCAUAAAGCAGGUGCACUGAUUGCAUUUGCUUGUGCACCUGGUACAUUCGUAGAUGACGGACCAAAAGGCAAAAAUAGUUGGUUUAUGAAGCAUCUUCUACAACACAUUCCAACUCCGAAUGAAGAUAUUGUGGAUGUAUUACGUGAUGUCACCGAUGGGGUGAUGAAAGAUUCAAAUGACACACAGAUUCCGUUUCUGAGUGUUCAAUUAAGACACAAAAAUAUCUAUUUGUGUGAUCAAGGUCACGGUAAGAAGAAUGAUUUUGAACAACACACGUAA